AUGAAUACAGUAAUUGAAUGUAAGAAUCUAACCCAUUAUUAUGGUAAAAGGUUAAUAUAUGAAGAUCUAAACUUCUCCAUAGAGAAAGGUAAAGUCUUGGGGCUUCUAGGGAAGAAUGGAACAGGUAAGACAACGACGAUCAAUAUCCUUAAUGGUUAUCUAGAGCCUAGGAGUGGAACGUGUCGGCUUUUUGGAGAAGACAUCAGACAAAUGAAGCCACAGACUAGAGAGCGUAUUGCUCUGCUUAUUGAGGGGCAUCAGCAGUUUGCUUUUAUGAAUGUUGUAGAGAUAGAGCGUUUCUAUAGCUCUUUCUAUCCCAAAUGGAACAAGGUUGUUUAUUAUGAGUUAAUCAGCAAGCUACAGAUUGAUCCCAAACAGAAGAUACAAUCUAUGUCUUGUGGACAACGAUCUCAGGUAGCUUUGGGCUUAAUUCUUGCACAGAAUGCUGAUCUGCUUAUUCUUGAUGACUUCUCUAUGGGCCUAGACCCCGGAUAUAGAAGACUUUUUAUUGAUUACCUAAAAGAUUAUUGUAGUAGUGAGGAGAAAACGGUCUUCGUUACCUCUCAUAUCAUUCAGGAUUUAGAACGUUUCAUUGAUGACUGCAUCAUUUUAGAUUAUGGAAAUAUUCUUGUCCAAAAGCCAGUGAAAGAGCUGAUGCAGGACUUUCAUAAAUAUCGCUUAAGUCUAAGUGAAAGUCCAGAUUUAUCAGAGAAAAGGUAUGAAUUUAUUUAUGCCCUUGAGAAGCAUAAGUCUGGUUGGGAGUUGUAUAGCUAUCAGUCCAAAGAUAAGGUGGAGCAAGAACUUAGGAACUUAGGCUUAGACUACGGAGACUUCUCUGAGGAAGAGAUGAGUCUAGAGGAUAUAUUCAUUGGGCUAACAGGUAAAUACUAA